ACCUCAGCUGUGUAGUGAGGAGAGCCCAGUCCAGGCAGCCAGCAACCGGCGCGUCUCUGCCUACCAAUAGGCAUGCUCGGCUCAGGCUCUGUGCAGAGCUCUCAGUCUCAGCAGCAGAAGCUGGGCGCAGGGGAACUGCGACGCCAAACAUCCUCCCAGUGAUGGCCUCUGCUGAGCCACUGUGCUCCCGCUUCCACCAGCAGCACUGCGCAUAAGGCAACACACCCACCUUUGCCCUCCCGCCCAGGAGGGAGAGAGACGCCGCCAUGUACAGCGUGGAGGACCUCCUCAUUUCGCACGGAUACAAACUGCCCAAGAGCGGCCCGCCGUCCGCCGCGCCUUACGACAAGCGCCCCGCCGACUGCCAGCGGGAACUUGUGGACACCCGGGCCGGCCGGGGGACGCUGAACGGCUACGAGGCGGAGAGGGGGGCGUCCGUCUCGGGCAUCUACGGCAGCAGGCAGGCUCUGGUGAAGGGCUACCCCACCGCGGACGAGAGCGGCGAAAGGAGCCAAAGGAGGAAAGAAGCCGGGAUUGGUAUCCUUGGUGAUGUUCAGCUCCUGGGCGAUUCUCUCGCCACAGACAGCGGGUUCUAUGAUGUUCCUAGUUUGACCUAUUCAGAGCCACUGAGCCAUGAUGAGCGGGACCUAUCCUAUUGGAGGAGGCGAGGCCAGGACUUCAGUAUCCUUCUGGACUACGCUGACGGCAGAGAGCUGAGGGCCUCUGCCGGGGCGUGGAGGCCGCAGGCCCUGAUCACAGCAGAGGAAUACAGGGCGGAGAGGCAAGCGCAGCAGCUAUGGGAGGAAAUUUCCUGGCUAAGGGAUCCAGAUGCCGGCCCCGGUCAGCUACGGGUUACAGGGGAGAGGAAAUGCCAAAGCCUCGGAACGGAGGACUGGAGGCCUGCGGUGGGGAUGGGAAGGCAGCUGUCAGAUGGGGAUGGGGAAAGAUGGGCUAAGGACCAUUACCGCCUACGGACACCUGAGGGUUUUUUUCAUCCUAGAACUAAAGCAAAGUCUCAGUCGCUCCCCAGAGUUUUGUCACCCGAUGGAACAGACUGCAGAGAUCUCAUACUAUCAAGACCAAGCCUACCCGAUAGGCAACGGUUCAAUAGUACUGUUUUCUCUGGGCCCUACAGCAGGUAUAUUUAUGGCGGAGGAAGAAACGGUUGGGGUAGGAACGUCGGUCCAAGCAGCCAUGUUGCACUUUUACCAAAGCCCAGGUUUAGCAGGCCUUUAAAGCCUCCUUCAUACGAGAUACACCAGCAGACAAGGGGUAGCGCAGAAAUGCUUGCUAUAGACCAGGGUGCCAAACAAAAAGACCGAUCCAUCUACUAUCCAAGGGUCGGGGAGCUGAGACAAGACUAUUACGCACAACACGCCAUCACGGGAAUGGAGCCUCCUGGCUACAUCCCGCCCCCUUCGUAUAAAAGAGCCCCGCCUCCGAGAGCGGUUUCCGUCAAUCGCAAUGAAAUGGCAAACUUGAGAUGGAGGGCGGAGGCUUUGCAGAUGCCCAGCUCAGAUCCUGGAAGGUGGCUCUCCAGACAGGGAAGCGGCUCGUGGUUCGAACAUUACGGAGAGCGUAGUGCGUCCUAUCGAAAACUAAUAAAUCCUGCACCUGAAGAACAACCAGUUCUGGCUCGUCCGUUACCCAUCGACGACCCAAGAGUGAAACAAAUCUCAGGAGGGCCCGGCGGACACUCUCUCACUGACCUAGACAAGCUCCGCAACAUCAACAAAGAGACUCUAGGACAAUCUACACAUGAUAGUGCCUUUCCUCCCCAGCAGGGGCCAGCUCCCAACACUGAAGCCAACAAAACCGCUCCAACUGAGAACGAGAGCAGUAAUCGAUGGUGCAACAGGGGUAUUAAAAAGAGUGAAAGUGUAGGUCCCGAGCAAAGUCGUCCGAUUAUUUUCCCCUCAUCCUUUCUGGGUAAACCACCACCACCCCCAUGUAAACCGGCUGACCAGGGUGCGUCCGAAACUGUGACGGAGGUUAAAAAAGCAGAGCAGCAUGAACCACCGGAGAAAGAGAAAACGAAAAAUCUGAAAAAGAGACUCAGCGAAACGAUUUUUUGUUUAGUGUCUGUCCCCGUGACUCCGCAGCUCACCGGCACGAUCCGGGACCAGAAUAACAACAAUGAAAAAUCGCCAGACCCGGCAGGCAGCCCGAGCGACAACAAAACCGGCCACUUAACAAACCAAAGUCUCCAAAGCACAUCCUCAGCUGAAGCCGAGCUACAGGCUCUAACCGGUAGCUUUGCAAGCAGCAAAACAAGCAGCCGAGCGAGCAGCAAAAUGUUUAAAAAGUUACCUUGUCGGCCCCCCAAGAUCAAUCAUUACAAGGAGCUGAAGCUGUCAGGAACCUGGCCAGCAAACCAGUAUCGAGAUCAAGAGACACAGACUAGCCCAGAGGCUCGAAAACCUGCCCCUGACAACAAGGAAGCACAACAAGAACCUGUUCCUCCUGGCGCUGACGUUUCACCCGACAGCAGCGCUGUAGUGGGCACUGCCUUCAGUUUUCCUAUAAAGGGAGUUAAGAGCCUGAAGCUGUCCAGCAACAGCGCCUUCUCCCUGACCUCCACCUUCUCCAGCCAGCUGAACAAGAGCACAGCUCCGCAGCCAGCAGUGACACCCUCAGGAAACGUGGAGGAGGCCAAACCAGCAGCAAGCGGCGAACAGUUCUUGAUAAAACCUGCCACUCAGCGGCCGUGGGACGCCGUGAAAGAGCUGGAGAGCAUGAAGAAAGAAAUCCAGGAUCAGCAGCAGCAGCAGAUCAGCAAACAGCAAAGCGUCGACAAGUGCAUAGAGGACCUCAACGAGGCCUACAAAGACAUCUUAGAGCUCGGCACUGCCAGCAACAAAGUCCCAAACGGUUCGGUUCAAAUUCCAGAGCGCAUCAAGAUUCGACUGACAUCAGAACCUCUCAACAAGCCCAGCAGCCUUAGGCGCAGUGCAGUAAGCUGGUCUGUUGACCCAGAAUACAGAGAAGUGAAGAGCGCCUUCUCGAGACCUGCGACGAAAUCAGUGACGUUCAGCAAGCAGCUCAGAGAGGAACUCCCGGUCCCACCCCGGGAGACGGGAUUCAGAGAAUACAGGGUCGUCGCACACCUUUCCCGCAGACGGAGCAACGACGGCAGGACAGUGAAGCUGGACCUGCCGGAUGAGCCUAUCGAGACACCGCUUUGUGACUUCAGCCCAACGACGCACAACACAGCAGCUGAGGUGCCGUGGGCGGAUAGACAGCCCAUGCAAGACGCCUCCACCCUCACCAGUCCUCCGGAUUAUGAGGACAUAUGUCAAACCUUGCGUCAGCCUAAAGAUCCGGCAGAUGGAAACAGAACAGGUCAGUCCAGACCCAACGACGCAGAGCCUCUACUGGACGUCAGCGGCGAAUCUGAAGAGGACUGCCCUAUUUGUAAAAGAGAGCUCGAGAAUCAGAUGAGACAGGGUCCGUUGCCUCCGCUUCACGAGGAGAACAGCUCCGACAGCUCGGCGAAUCAAAACGCCAGCCCGCCGCAGAGGGCUGCCUUAGAAAGUCCAGCCAAGGACUCGAACAGCGAGGAGCCAAAAGACUCAACUUUGAAUCAGUCAGGGUCUGACCUCCCCCCCGAAACAGUGGAGCAGCCGUCAGCGACGCAAGGUGCUAACGCCAGUGAGAAGGCCGAAGAUGCUCAGGCAGAAACCUCACGCGGUUCAGGCGCGGCUGAUCCCGCCGAGGGCAAACCAGAAAACGGAGCUGAUGACGAUCCUUCCUCUGCAUCUUCGGCGCCACAAACUGAUCAGCCCGCAGACCCACAGAUGACCGAGGAACAGCAUGCCAAUGAGGCCGCGGCUAAAGACGAGGAGUCAAAAGAAAAGCAAGCUGCUGCGGGAAGAACACCCGAAGGAAGCGCGGUCAGAAAGAAACCCGCAGCCAAAGGCGAGAGGCAAAACAACACUUUGCCUAGAGAGAAGAAGGCGCAGGAGAAGAAGUCCGUUUCCGUCCCAGAACUCCGAGUUGCUCUACGGAGCCAGCUCGGGCGGGACCAUCCGGGGCUACCCGAGUUUCCGCCAGAUAGACUGCCGCUCUCAGUUCCUCCAAACCUAGACCGCAGAUUGUCGCUAAGCUUGGAGGGGGAGAGGAGGACCAAGGGCCCCUCCCAGCGAAUCGAGGCGCUGCAGAACAAACUGGCUAUCUCGCCGGGUCACGUGCCGGUUGAGAGACUCGCCAGGAUGAGGGAGGUGGACGUCAUAUGCCGGGUGAGACGGCUGAGCAUCCGGAGCACUGACUCUGGGGAGGGGGAAGCAGAGGGGGAGGGCAAAGAGGACCACGUGGAGGAGCUCCACCGAGUACCGCAGGAGGGAGAGGCGAACAAUCAAGAGGUCACACAUUCACAGCAGGUAGCUGAGGAGACAGUGUUGCAAGAUGGUCAGAAAUCAUCUCUCUCAGAAACCCCUGAUCCGAGCCGAGAGGGGACAAAGUAGACAAAAAAAACAAACAAGCAAACUGCGUCCAUCAUUAACAUCAGAGGUUUUUAGCUCCAACACUGUGACCUGGCUGCCUACUAGAAUGCCUUCAUCUCAUCUCGACACUGAAAUGGCCUUCUUGUCCGACAAGAGCAUUGUGUACACCUUCACCUCCGGCGCUGCAUUGACUACUACGAGUGCUGUUCCACUGCCAAAGGGAGGUGCUCUGCAGACCCGCAGGGCAACUUCCACUCCGGACCCCUCUCCAGCCUUCCUAAACUGACUUCCCACCUCCCCCAUCUGUCCUCCGCUCCCCGACCCCAUCCUCCUAUAGCGUUUCUACUAGUUAGACUUCUCGUAGCGGCUUGUCUUUUCUAUUCUGUCCUCCCGAUGCUUUUUCUCAUUAGCAAAACAUUAUGCAACUCUGUCAUGCAUACCAGAGCUUCUAAAUUUUGGAAUGGCGACAAAGUCUUUGUUGCCGUCCAAACAAAUGUUGGUUUAUUUGUUUUUUUUCUUUCUGUGGAGCAGUUUAAGGAUAUGAAUGUAAGUGUUUAUGUUAUAGCCAACAUAGACAUAGAAGGGUUAUCUUUUAUGAAACCUGUUUCUGUUGCAUUUAAACUACACCAAAACAAACUGCGUAUCUGAUUGUGGUCAGGUGACGGCUGUUUUUAAGAACUGGACUUCACUGUCUUUGGCUUGAGAACUGUUUUAAUUUUCAGAAGAGAUAAGUGCGCCUUUCUUUGUUUUUUAGUUGUUUUUUUUUUGGGUUUUUUUUGAAGAUUUGAUGACGUUAUGCCCGCUCUCAUUGCUUUUCUACACACUGCAACCUUAACCCACAGAUCUCUUCAAUGAAGAGCUUCUCUAUAUUACACGACAUGAUGGAUGAGCUGUCCAAAUACGUGUCACACUGGUUCUACACACGACAGGAAGUGUUGCCUUUCUUUACCACCUUCGUAAAUCCUGGUCGGAUCAGGGGGGUCUUUAAUUACAACCUGAUGAUUUUAAUGUAAAGUUCAAAUUUCCAGGUAAUUCCAGGAAGCAAUAAAGGCACAUAUAGAUUUGGUGAUCGGUGACUUUUGGAAAAACAUUAAAGAUGAACGUAUGGGUUUAAAAAAAAAAAAAAAAAAAAAAAGAUACGUAGAGCAAUAGUGUUUUAUUAACAGCCCAGUGGUGUAGUGGAGCUACCUGUAGGAGCCAUUGUCAGAAGUUUUAAUGUGAACACGUCAUUCAGAUCAUAUUACAGGGAAAUGGAGUCAUGUCAGGGUAUAUGGGCGCUUAACAUAGGGUGGGUGCUUUUCUUCAUGAUAUAUAUAACUAUCUUCAUACAUCUGUGAAACAACAUUUCACUGAGUAUCUAUUUUUUUUAAACCAUCAAAUUGUUAAUCGGUUUGCAUAAUUGUACAAAAUAAAGUAUAUUUUAAAUAUUUUAAGAGAAAUUUUGUAUUUAACCAUUAAAAUUUUAUUUCUCCGCGCAGAUAUCAAGCUAAAAAGUGUCAUAUCUAAGUAUAGAAUCAUAUUCAGAGUAUACGUAAUUUUCUAGUGCUUUAAAAAAAACCAACAACAAAAAAAAAACCUAUCAUUUCAGAAGGAUGACCCCCGUUGUGUGCCUUGAUCACACGAUUUGGACUCAGUGAGCGAUAGGGUUCAUCACUGCAAGGUUUGACAGGACGGAAACUUUCUGAUUGUGCCAUUAUUUACGAUUUGAUAGUGCUUUUUCAUAUGCUAACAAAGUCAAUGUUGGAUGCUCUUUGUGAUAUUUGACCCAUUAAUCCAUCGAAAGCUGUAUCUCCUAUGUUGGCGGUCAAACAGGACCUGUGUCUUUAUAUCUUUGUCUUUGUAUGUCUUCCAGUUCAUGUACUGUUGCGUUGUCGACUCGUUCCUCAAAACAUGUCAAGAAAUAAAAUUUGGAUUUCUUUUGUUUCCUCUCUACCCCCACCGUCCUUAUUUAUCUCGGUUUGCCCUCAUUACCCUGCCUUUCUUUCGUCGUUCCUCCCAUCCUCAUCACACGGCGUGUUCUCUUAGUGUGAGCUGUUCUGCUGUCGCUGACAUCUAUUGCACUACAGGAUACAACGCAAUAUGCUACUUUGGUGCCGCAUACCUGCAAAACGUACAGGCCGAAAAAUGUGCCGCGUUUGAGAUGUGGAUCCGAUUCUGAUCAAACGGUAGUUUGCAGUUAUGUGGUUUUGCUACGUCGGCACUAUUGCACUGUUUUGACCUAUCGUCACCAGAACUGUAGUUUAAUCGCUCAUCUGUUAACACCUACCUGUUUAUGUAGCAUUUUACAGCUGUAGCAUUGGAUCAACUCAGAACCUUGUCUUGGUAUUUGGAACAUUUCCUGUAAAUUUGGACCGCUCAUGACGCCUUAUUCUGUGUGCAUUACAUUGUACUCCAGAGAAAUGCCAAAUAUUAACGUACUAAGCACUGUUCACAGCGUAGUUUUUAUUUUAAAAUUGCUUUUAUUUAUUUAUCUCUCUAUUUAUUUAUUUAUUUAUCUUACAAAACGACUCACUGACCUGCCGCUCCUCUGGGUGGAGCAGUAAAGUAGCAUUGUGAGUGCUUUCUGCUCCUCGUGCUGUUUAGCCAGAACAUUGAAUCAAAACUGUGAAAUCCAAAUAAGACUAUAAAACGGUACAGGAUAAAAUACAUCUCUCGAGGCUUACAGUCAGUAUAACAGGGAAGACAAGCUGGCUCGCCUAUAUCUACUAACACAAUUCAUUUUUGAUUAAUUUUGGACACUGGAAGGCCUUUGCCUUGGUCUCAUACUAAUACUGCCCCCUGUCGAGAUUCUGUUUAUUUCUCUGCAUACGCACCCAGCCCCUUCCAAUUGGCAUGUCAGGUAAACUUCAACACAGUGUCAUUUCACUUUUUGUACUACAGGUUAUGUGCAGACAUGGAGUAAUUAUGCACACUUGUAAUAUUUUCUAUUUUCAUAUGAGAUUUAAGUGCUUUUUGUACUCACUGACAUCUUUUUUUCUUCCUUGCGUGGAAUGCAAGAGAGUGGAGAAAAAAAAAUGUUUUUCAUAAAGUAUAUUUGCAUUUGGUACUCUAAUAGUGAAAACCGGUGGGCAAGACGUCAUGUUCCAUAAUUUCAUUUACAAAACUAUGCCAAGUAUUUAAAAGCUAUUUUUAGAGUGAAUCAAAGAUAGAGCUCAUUCAUUUUCUUUCUUUUUUUUUUUUUUGUCCCUUAAGACAUGCCUUUAUCUUUGUAUCUAUAAAUACAAGCAUAAUCCAUAGUCACACGAUUGUGCUACUGUUGUAUGAUACUGCAGUCUGAUUCAUAAAUAAACUCUUUGCAUGAA